UUUUGCAAGAAAACUUUGCAAGGCGAUGCACACACAGAGAAAGGUCUCCUUUGCGUCAUGGAAUAAGAAGCCCAGGAGUGUUUGACCGAUGCAAAGGGAGAAAACAGGAGCAAAGCAAGCAGAAACCCAGCCGGGAUCCUGUGCAAAGAGGAUCAAGGGGCUAGCAGAGGGCAGGAGUGGGCCACCUGCCCUCCAGGUAAAGAGAUUGCAGCAUAAAGCAGGCCCAGAAGACAUUGCAAGGAGGAGAAGAUGAUGGUGGUGAUGAUGGCCCUCCACCUUAGGACCCAGGGCAGAGGGCUUUUGGGGUGAAGGAUUGCUCCAAAUUUAAUUGCUUCCCCUGCUUUUCCACCUUUGCAACAUAAUACUGUAUCUCAAACCGGAUCCAAAGAAGAUACACAGUUGCAAGAAAGAAAGCCUUCAAAGAGCCCUUUGAAUUUAAAGGAGGCAAGAAAAAGCCCAGAUCGGGGUCAAAACCAGCUUGGGUCCAUGGGUCUUGGGGUCUUGGACCCUCCCCAAAAAGAAAAGAAGGAGAGAAGAAAGACCCCAGAAAGAAAAUAAAGAGGGAAGAAAACUUUCCUUUGCUGCAUUUUGCAAAACAAGAAUCCUACAGCUGCUUCCUUUCUCCUUUUUGGAUCCUGGGCUCUUAUUUAUUCAUAAGAAGAAUCUCAUUCAUAUAUAUAUAUAUAUAUAUAUUCCCUUGCAUUUGGUCCCUUUGGUUGGAAAGUUGGUGGAUGUCAUUUUCUUUUUUCCCUCUGGAGGAAAAAGACAAGGAGCCGGAGGUAAACUUUGUCUUCCCUCUGAGGAUCAAGCAGGAGUUGUCUGCGCCGUUGUGUCUUAAUUCACUGGACUGGAUUCAAAAGAAGACGACCCUGUAGUUUUUUGUUUUAAUUUAUAGAGAUAUAAAAGAAGAAAUUCCACGCAUAAAUCCGGCAUGUGGAUGUAUCCCGUCACUUGAAGAUUGCUAACCUGUGUGCAUAAUGUUUCACAAAAAGCAGAUGGUUCAGGAAUAACCUGUUCGCUAGGUAAAAAAAGACAGAGAGAUGACAACGUUUGGGUUAUCUGUGCAUCUGACUGAGGCCUAUAUAACCUGAAAAAAAGAACCCAAUGACGAAGGGUCAAAAAUGUUGUUUGGCCGGCCCCAAGCACAUGUCGUUCUUCCUCUAAACCUUUGGACCUCCAGACUGUGAAAAUCCUGAUUUUGUUCCUUUUGGGAAAGUUUGAGGAACUAGAGCAUAAAGUUUCUCUAGAGGCCAAAGCGUAAGGGACAUACGGCAGUUUUCUUUCUCUUUUAAGAGCUUGUCUACUAAUAGGGACUUAAGUAUCUUCUGAGAAGCCACCAAAGGCUCUGGAGAGGAGUCGUUUGCUACACGUACCAAGGCAGUCUUAUGAGGAACAGCCAUGGCUUUGAAAGCGAGGGCGCUCUACAAUUUCCAGAGCGAAAACAAGGAAGAGAUCAGCAUUCAAGAGAAUGAGGAGCUGGUGAUCUUCAACGAAAACUCUCUGGAUGGUUGGUUGCAAGGGACCAACAGCCGAGGAGAGACGGGACUGUUCCCCGCCUCCUACGUGGUGAUCCUUCGCUCCCGAUCAGCUUCCAUGUAUACGGAUUAUUCCAGCAGUCCGUCGGGAUCUCCAGGGAACGGGUCGUCCUUCUCUGUCCCCCCGUCCAACGCUAGCGUCUCCCAUCAGGGCAGCUUUGAGGAUGAUGACGACGAUGACUGGGAUGACUGGGACGAUGGUUGUACGGUGGUUGAGGAGCCCAGGAGUGGACCCGGCACCAACGGGCACCCGUCACCCAGUUUGUCGUAUCCCGGGACAUACGCCUACCCAAACCAUCAAGGCUACCGCCCCAAACCGUCUCUGGAGAGGCAGGACAGCAUUGGUUCUUCCAAGCGGGGCAGCGUGGUAGGUAGGAACCUCAACCGGUUCUCCUGCUUCGUCCGGUCCGGGGUGGAGGCCUUCAUCUUGGGAGACGUUCCCAUGAUGUCCAAGAUCGCUGAGGCCUAUUAUAUCGACAUGGGCCCGAAGGGACCCCAGUGGAGGCCCAGCCCUCACCCGUUGAUCUGCUCCGUGGAAGACCCCACCAAGCAAACCAAGUUCAAGGGCAUCAAGAGUUACAUCUCCUACCGGUUGACUCCUAGCAACACUAGUUCUCCUGUCUACCGGCGGUACAAGCAUUUUGACUGGCUCUACAACCGCCUCCUGCACAAGUUCACCGUCAUCUCUGUGCCCCACUUGCCCGAGAAGCAAGCCACAGGCCGCUUCGAGGAGGACUUCAUCGAGAAGCGGAAGCGGAGGUUGAUCUUGUGGAUGGACCAUAUGACCAGCCACCCGACCCUCUCCCAGUACGAGGGCUUCCAACACUUCCUCACCUGCCGCGACGACAAGCAAUGGAAGAUGGGGAAGCGCCGGGCAGAAAAGGACGAGAUGGUAGGCGCCAGUUUCCUCUUGACCCUCCAGAUCCCGACAGAGCACCAGGAUCUCCAGGACGUGGAGGACAGAGUGGACACUUUCAAGGCCUUCAGCAAGAAGAUGGACGACAGCGUCCUACAGUUGACCAAUGUGGCUUCCGAACUGGUGCGGAAGCAUAUCGGAGGUUUCCGCAAGGAGUUCCAGAAGUUGGGCAAUGCUUUCCAAGCCAUUAGCCAGUCCUUCCAGAUGGACCCACCCUACAGCUUGGAUGCCCUGAACGGUGCCAUCUCGCACACAGGGAGGACCUAUGAGACAGUGGGGGAGAUGUUUGCUGAGCAGCCCAAGAAUGACCUCUUCCUCAUGUUGGACACUCUUUCCUUGUACCAAGGACUCCUCUCCAACUUCCCCGACAUCAUCCAUCUUCAAAAAGGGGCUUUUGCCAAGGUGAAGGAGAGCCAGCGGAUGAGCGACGAAGGGAAGAUGGACCAGGACGAGGCGGAUGGGAUCCGGAAGCGUUGCCGCGUGGUGGGUUUUGCCUUGCAGGCGGAAAUGAACCACUUCCAUGAGCGGCGGGUAUCGGACUUCAAGAAGAUGAUGCAGUCUUACCUCAGGCAGCAGAUCAUCUUUUAUCAGAGGGUCAGCCAGCAAUUGGAGAAGACUUUAAAGAUGUAUGACAACCUCUAGCAUCCCUUGAGGGGUGGUGCUCCAUUUGCCUUGUCUGUCCUUUGAACUGAGCUGAGUCUAAAAGAAAGAACUCACUCCCAGCCCCAAAUUCAGGAUUAUUAGCUGUGAGCUCUUACACUCUGAACAUGGGGAGUGUACCUUAAUGUUUGACAUCCAGGCCUAUCUUUGUAGGGUUGUAGAAGCUGCCAUGGGAACAUGUAGAUCUGCUCUGGUUUAUAGUCUGAACUUGAAUACAGUCAGACGUGACGAACCUAUUUUGGGGAUAGGGUUCAGCUUCUUGGAAGGCUUCUUGAAAGCUGAAGAGUAAAACCCAGAGUGGAUAUAUUACCUUGAAGUACAACCUGGAGUGAAAACCCCUGUCUGCUGCUGAGGGUUGGGGCUUCAGAAAUGGGGUGUCUCCCAAUGUAAGGUAGAGCAUCCAGGGUUUUCUUUUAAAGGCAUACCAAGAUUACAACACUGAGCAAAUAAUAAUAAUAAUAAUCAAGGGACGGUUCUUGCCCUAGCGACCUGACCACACAUUGAAACAUCAGCAUAUAGUCCCAAGGAUGCCAAGCCAAGAAAUGGGAUAUGAGUGACAUUUUGGGAAGUAGGACUUUCUUCUGCUUCAAGACAGGGUCUUCCGAUUUCCCCAGUUACACUGUUUACAGAGAGAUGGGAAAGUGAUCUCUCGUAGAAAACAAACAGAACAUUUCUUGCGAUUGGGAUUUCCCCUCCUUCUUCUCAGGCUUGAUUUUCUAGAAUUACACCAUCCAAAUCGAAGAGGUUAUAAUUCCUGCUUCCCCCUCCCACAAAUAAAUGAAAUCAGGAUUGUUUUGCACAGUUUCAGCGCUUUCUGGAAGGACUGUAAUAACUUUAAAAACAAAAACAGGAAAGAAAGCAGAAGGGAGGCAGGAGGGGUUGGAUUUAAAUGUUGGCACACCAAAAUGGUUCUUUUAGGGAACUCACACACACAGACACACAAAAGGUAUUGAUCUCUUUGUAAGUGGUUGGGUGUUUGUUUUGUUUUUUAAAAAAUUGCACAUAGAGGUAACUGUUGAAGAAUAAUAAUUAUUUUUUUGUAUUCCGAAAUCAAAACAACACUUGGAAACGGCA